AUGCCAGAAACACGAAAAUACCAGUACACGGUCCAAAUCCUGGGGUCUGGGAGAAACCCUGUCAUGGUCGUUACCACAUUCAGACCCUUCCCCAUCUACAGGAACAAGUUGAGGCCUGUCAGCCUGGCUCACGAGUUUGUGAACAGCAAAAUCCAGCCGGGGAAGGUGGUCGUGUUCAUCAAGCCCACCUGCCCCUACUGUAAAAAGACCCAAGAGAUCCUCAGUCAGUUGCCCUUCAAACAAGGGGUUCUGGAAUUUGUCGAUAUCACAGCCACCGACGACGUAAAUGAGAUUCAAGAUUAUUUGCAACAGCUCACAGGAGCAAGAACGGUGCCUCGAGUCUUUAUCGGCAAAAAUUGCAUAGGUGGGUGCAGUGAUUUAAUAACUAUGCAACAGAGUGGGGAACUGGUGACGCGGCUAAAGCAGAUUGGAGCUCUGCAGUAA